AGUAUAGGUCCAACGGAGGAGUUCCGAUGGAUGCAGUACUCCUCCGCCUCGUGUAGACGCAUCCCUCCUCUUCCUUUAACUCACAACUCGAGUGGGAGUCUCGACAGAAACUGUCCUGAAUUUGAACCAGGACUUUGGUAUCAUCUCGGACUUUGGUAUCAUCUUUUGGCAACAACUCAUUACACUCAUGUCGGACAAUCAGGUUCCAUCGGAUGUGGCAUUUGACAACAGUCAUGCUGCUGUGUCUCAGGAAGAUUCGAUUAUAUCCAAUGUGUCUUCCCCUGUGGAAACGUGUUCACGAACAGCGGCAACGAAACUUUCCAAUGCGCCUGCCUCUGUGAGCCCUGUAGCAAGCGCAGAAUUCAUGACCGAUACCAACGAUUCGAAGCCUAAUGAGAUUGAGGACAAGACUGACUCACAACGCUAUCAAGCUGCUGUGGAAGCCUUGGAAGAGAAGUAUCCUCAGGCAAGACGAAAGUGGAUCGAUACGUUGCGCUACAUUAUGCAAGCAGAAGAGACACGUUCGUCACGCGACAUCUUCACGAAAACCAGCGAUGACAAUGAAAGUUGCAACCCUUUCAUGUUCGAGACCAAGGACGACGACAAUGACGACGCCAUGGGUGUGCUGCUCACGUCUUCUCAACUGGAGCAAUCGAUGAAGACGGUUCAAGAAAUCUCCAUGAAAUUGGGCAAGUCCGAAGCAACUACACUUUUCUCCUUCUAUGAAGUCGCCAAUGGCGUCAAAGAGGGCUCCGCUCCACCCUUCUUGUUCAGCUUUGCUUGGAAACGCAGUCAAGUGCCAAAGCGGAUCCCAGACCACACCCAAGUGCGCCAGGAUCUCAACUAUCUGAUGAAGAUGAAAUACAAAGAAGUCAAAAACAUCGAAGACCUGCUUGGCCAUCUCACAGUUGAUGACAUUCCUUCCCCGACAAAGCGCCCAGCCACUAGCAGGUUCAUGAUGGAUGUAUUGAUGCACCAGGCAGAAACUCUGUGCAUGAAAACGCACAGGGCACUUCAAAGCUGUAAAGACAAUGGCAAGGAGUUGUGUCUUGGAAUCGUUCGCGCUAGUUUGGCAUACCCAAAGGAUGAAACAACUCAAAUUGUCGAUGGUCCGCUGUUUGAAGUCGUCGUGGAUGUGGUGCUGGACAAUAAGUCAAAAGCAAUCCUUAUUCGCCCAAGGUGUGGCGAGCACGUUAAGGUCAACCGAGAAGUUGUUGCUGCUCUCACGUCGGAUGGGCGCCAUGAUGACGAAGCUCUCGACAACCUAUACCGUCUAGCCAAAGACACGGUUGCACAAUCCAUCAUCCCUGGUACACCUAGCUCUUAUAGCCAGUUGGUUGAAGCUGCUCUGGGUUUGCGCUUCAACAGUUUCAGUAAGGACGAAUGUAAGGGCGGGCACUUUCCCGCGGAAGCACUGAUCUUAUCCCAUGAGUUUUGCUUGUAUUCGAGGAACCAGAUGCGGACUUUGUUUUCAAGAGAUGCGCGCAACCUCGAGAACGCGCUGCAGCAAAGAAAGAUCCAGAUGACGUUGCCUAUCUUGGGACUGAUGGAAGGGGCUGACUCGUUGGAGGGUGCUUCCUUAGCCCGCAAGAACAGGAUCUCGGUGCACCCUUUGCCAACAUCAGCAAGACAGGAGGAGGUCAAUCGAAAGUUGCGGAAAGAAAACAGGCCCGCCGUUGUGGUUCCUGGGCCGCCAGGAUGCGGCAAGACUCAUUCGAUUGUUAGUGAGUGCGCAACAGCUCUAGCUCAAGGAAGCAAGGUUUUGUUCUGUUCUACCAACGAAGCAGCCCUCAAAGCUUUUGUGGACAAAGUACCGCUCAAGAUUCGAGCUUUGUGCAUGAACGUAGCCGGUCUUAAGGAAGGCGAUCUUGAUGGCCUGCGUGAGGCUGUUGAAGAUUUGAACGAGUUGCUUAAGGAUGCCGACGAAAACAAAGAUGAGUACACCAACAAAGUUAAGGAGCUCAAACAAAAGCUUGCAGUAAAGAAGGACGAGAUGUCAAACAACAACCUCAAUAUUGAGGGAGCGCACUCUGAGAAGAUGUCGCUGCUCGAUAGCGCACAGAUCAAACAAGUCCUUGACCUGGUCUCAACCUUCCCACAAUGUUUUGCAUGCCUGGCGACAAUCGAAUUGCAGGGAACUCAAGACAUCGAAUGGGGCCGCAUCCAUGAGGGCUGGGAUGAGCUUUGUGAAAGGAGUGCGGAGGCUGUGUCAUUUGGUGGCAUUGCCAUCGUUACAGAUGAAAUGCUCCAGCUUGUCCGGGAGAAGACUUCAUAUAGUCCUCAACACGAUGACUGCCCUGGAGAGUUCCAAUGGCCUGAUUCGUCUUCGGCAUCGGAUGAAGACCUUGUCGAUGCUAUCACCAUUGCUGGCAACAAGCCUACAACUGAAGACGAAUGGCGACGCGUUCAGUCUUCCCUUGAGUUCAGAAAGGCAUCCGUUGACCCUCUCCUUAAUCUUGGGUUGGAUGCAAAGAAUGUCUUUGUCCAUGAUGGAUACAAUCCAGAUUUCGCGGGAGUGCUCGAAAAGGGAAAGGAUCUUCGAGAGGCCGUGAGCCAAUUGUCGGGGGGAGAGAAGGCGGCCCUUGUGACAUGCAUAGCUGGGCCCACUGAUAGUCAAGCCGUGCAAGAUGUUCGUAACAACAUUGCCAGCGAGAUUCAGAAGCCGGAAGAAGAGCUGGUGAUGUACAUGGUGAUUGAUGCUCUUAAUCGCGUACUUGAUGGUGACGCAAGAAGCAAGCUCCUUGAUUUGCAAACGGACCUUGAAAAGAUCAAAGCUACCGCCAUCUCAUCUUCUCCGAAAGAAAGUGAGCCGACCGAUAUAAAGAAGAAGAAGAAACAGGAAAGCACAAAGAAGCACCAGCUCCACAAACAGUUCGUAACAGCCUUCCAAGAAGCUGCAGGAUCCAUGCCCUUCUUGGUGAUGACCGUCGACCAGGUUAGCAAGUACUUGUCCGCUGAGCAUACCUUUGGUUUUGGAGUAUUCGAUGAAGCCUCUCAAUCUGAAUACACUGCACUGUUGGCAGCAGCUCGCUGCAAACAGCUCCUGAUCGUGGGCGACAACCAGCAAACCAGUCCAAGCGAAUGUGGAUUGUCUGCAGCUCGAAUUAAUGAACUGAUGCACCACUUGCCGGCUCUAAAGCGAGCUACAAAGAAGCGGCUUCUCCCUGCACAGAGCUUUUUCGACCUUUUCACAAACACUUUCAGCCGCAGCCACUAUGUGGUUCGUCUCUACGAACACUUCCGAUGCAGGCCCUCUAUCAUUCAAGUCUGCAAUACAGUGUUCUAUCGAGGUCGACUCGACCCCCUACGUGAAUCGAGCAACAUGAAGGAAGUGGAGCUUGUUCGGGUUGAUGGCAGCAGAGACGCCGCCUCGAAGACAAACGCGCAAGAGAGUGACUUCAUUGCGAAAGAAGUGCGCAAGGAGGUAGAAGGGUCAUUGUCCUUGCCUGAUUCGGAUGUCCAUACGAUUGGAAUUAUUUCUAUGGGUGGAGACAAGCAACGUGAUGAUAUCAAGCGCAAGGUGGAGAAUCAGUUGGAUGAAUUGGCGCGAGAGAAGAACGUUCCAAGCAAGCUGAUCAAGCGACACCGUAUCCUUUUUGCAGUUCCCCAGCAAUGCCAAGGCGAUGAACGUGAUGUUGUCUUUAUCAGCCUUGUCUAUGGUGGCGUUGAAACGAAGAAAGGAAAAGGCAGGAAGAAGCCCAACAAAGUGCCGCAGGAUCCUGUCGUUGCCUUGAGUAAGAUGAAGGUCAAUGAGCUCAAGUGUUUCUGUGAAGAAAAUGGCUUAAAGAAAUCCGGGAACAAGGGAGAGCUCACCGAGAAGAUCCAGGAGCGAUUCAAAGACAAGCAAGUGCUUGCGGAUCGCCUUGUGGCCCAUUUCAAGUGUGAACAAGAAACUGAUGAAGCGAAUGCAGGCGACGACCCAGUUGAAUCGUUACGUAGUGAUGCUAAAGACGACGCGAAGGAAGGUGGGCAGAGACAGAAAAUAUCACCCGAAGUCGCUGAAGCUGAUAAGAAGAAAUGGUGUGUUGCGGUGUCAAGAGCAAAAGAACGGAUGGUGUUGGUCCACAGCUUUGACAAGUCAGAGCUCACCAACAAGAAUGACAUCAGAAUCAAGAUUUUGGAGGCUUGCUCUGAUGUAUGCAGUACUCCUUCCGAUGUUCUGGUUGAUCUGCCAUCUCCCUCUUGCGUUCGGUCAUGGGCCGAGCGAUUCUUAGCAACCAGCCUGACGGAAGCAGGCUUUGUCGUCACGAGACGUGGUGGCAUUGCAUUGAAGGAAGCCCUCUGUGUGCGCCGACGAGAUGGUUCCACUAGCUCGUCUACUGUCCUCCUAUGGAUCGAGAAUGGAGGAGAAUCGAAAAAGCAGUGGCAGGAACUUAUGGAUCAACAACUCUCAUUGGAACGAGCGGGGCGUUCGUGCCUACGAGUCGAUUGCCUGUCUCUGGUUUGCAAUGGGUCGUCAACAAUGAAAAGUCUCUCUGAUUAUUUGGAUGCCAAGCUUCCUGUCUGUUCGGGUGACAAGCGAUGUGCUGCUGUCGCUUCAUCAGCCCCUCCCACCGCGAAGAAACCAAGACAAGAGUGAAAGAGAAGAAUGAAGAGACAUACUCGAUGAAUAUCAAGGAGAAAAGGCACCAUUGUUAGUUCGUGACCUUUGGCUAUGGUCCGCCUGGACAGUACCGGUACUGGUACCGGUAUAUUCUAAGCAUAUAUCAUAGUGUCCCAUAUUUAAAUAUGGAUUGCUCACAACCAAAACAUGUUUAUUUGUACCGAUGUACUGGUACGUACCCUUCCUCUUGAGUGUAUUGGGUCAAGGAUGGGAGGCAAACCCAAUCAACGUGUCAUUGGCACUAUCCAUCCGCUUUUCCACGCUUCGCGUCCACGAUCAUUGCACACCCGCUUGCGAGGGUGCUGGUUAGGCUGCGGUGGCUGCUAAGGACUGAGCUGCUUGCUGCUCGGUGGUGGCAAGUCCCUCCGAUUAUCUCUUGUUGGUACAUGAACCCCAUCAGUCCUGGCUAUUAUACCGGUACCUUAUUGGUACCUAUCAAGGCAAAACUACGGGGACCAAAGAGAUGACUUGCUUGUUUGCAACUGAAGGCAUUCAGUGGUCCUGGGAAAAAGCGUUGCAGCCCAGUACCAAAAUGGGAGAGAAAGCCGCGAACUUUUUGCCAGCGCCCAGAAGGAUGACCUGACUGUACCUGAGAUGCGUUGUUGAAAUGCAUGACGCACUUCGCUCACUCAGGUCAUGGCAAUCGAAUCCACAGCGUUAGAUCUAGUCUAGUCUAGUUGGAAUUGAAAAUGUUCCGAGACGUCGGAGAAAGCUGCGGAAGGAUCUUUCGAGCACCAAGGACGGAAACCACGACAAAAAGGUCCACGACAUCAUUUUUUUGGGUCGAAUCAAUCCUUUUAAGGCGGGCUACAACUUUGGAACAAGGUACAACCGUAAUAGGAAUCACUUCGCAAACUAACUCGGGUAGAGCUAUCCCUAAAUGUAAUAAGUUAGACUAAACACAAACACUUCACUA